CCCAGUGCAACCUCGCGCAAAAGCGAGACACUCGGCGACAGCACCUCUCACAUCCACCACGACCGACUGAGCGAGCGCUCACACACCGGCAAUCAUGUCGAACUUCACCUUUGCCUACUCCCAGGCGCCGCUCAAGACGGUGCAGGAGAUCCAAUUCGGCCUCUUCUCCCCCGAAGAGAUCAAGAACAUGAGUGUUGUCCACAUCGAAUAUCCUGAGACCAUGGAUGAGCAGCGCCAGCGGCCGCGUGAGAAAGGCCUGAACGACCCCAAGAUGGGCACCAUCGAUCGCGGCUACAAGUGCGCCACCUGCGAAGAGAGCAUGCAAGAGUGUCCCGGGCAUUUCGGGCACAUCGAACUUGCGGUGCCCGUCUUCCAUAUCGGCUUCAUCUCCAAAAUCAAGAAGGUACUUGAGGCCGUGUGCCACAACUGCGGAAAGCUUUUGGAUGAUGAACGCAACCCUACCUUCGCUCAAGCUACCCGCCUGCGCGAUCCCAAGCGUCGCUUCGAAGCCGUCCACAAGCUCUGCAGGAUCAAGAAGAUCUGUGAGGCCGACGAGCCUGCUGAUGACCAGAACGACGCUUUUGGAGACGACCCCAAAGCCAAGCUGAAGCACAAAGGACAUGGUGGCUGUGGUAACCUGCAGCCCGAGAUCCGCAGGGAGCAGCUUCGACUUUGGGGCUCGUGGAAGGUGGCGAAGAGUGAAGAGGACAUGGGUGAUGACCGAAAUGCAGUUGAGAAGAAGCUAAUCACCCCCCAAGACGCGCUGAACGUCUUCCGUAACAUCCGCGACGAGGAUCUUCUCAGACUUGGAUUGAACGCCGACUACGCCCGCCCCGAGUGGAUGGUGCUGACAGUCUUGCCGGUUCCGCCUCCAGCUGUCAGACCAAGUGUGUCGGUGGACGGAACGUCCCAAGGCAUGCGAUCGGAAGACGACUUGACCUACAAGCUCUCCGACAUCAUUCGCGCCAACUCCAACGUCCGACGCUGCGAGCAAGAAGGCUCCCCGCAACACGUCGUCGAUGAGUUCUUCCAGCUGUUGCAGUAUCACGUUGCAACUUACAUGGACAACGACAUUGCCAGCGUGCCCAAAGCCAUCCAGAAGUCCGGUCGUCCUGUAAAGGCCAUCCGUGCUCGCCUCAAGUCCAAGGAAGGACGUCUUCGAGGCAAUCUCAUGGGCAAGCGUGUGGAUUUCUCUGCACGUACUGUCAUCACAGGCGAUCCUAAUCUGGACUUGGACGAGGUCGGCGUGCCGUGGCAUAUUGCCAGGACCUUGACCUUCCCCGAGACGGUCAACGCGUACAACAUCCACAAGAUGACUGCGCUUGUGCGAAACGGGCCAAACACUUGGCCCGGCGCAAAGUACGUGAUCCGCGACACCGGCGAGCGCAUCGACCUCCGUCACUCCAAACGUGCUUCAGAGAUGACACUGCAACCCGGCUGGAAGGUUGAGCGCCACCUCGUUGAUGGCGACCUCAUCAUCUUCAACCGUCAGCCAUCGCUUCACAAGGAAUCCAUGAUGGGUCACCGAGUCAGAGUCAUGCCCUACUCGACCUUCCGUCUCAAUCUCUCCGUCACGUCGCCCUACAACGCCGAUUUCGAUGGUGACGAGAUGAACUUGCACGUCCCGCAAUCGCAUGAGACUCGAGCGGAAGUGAUGAACCUUUGCGCAGUGCCCCUCAACGUGGUGUCUCCGCAGAAGAACGGCCCGCUCAUGGGCAUCGUCCAGGACACCAUGGCCGGUAUCUACCUGAUGACAAGGCGUGACGUGUUCAUGACGAAAGAGCAAGUCAUGAAUAUCCUGAUGUGGGUUCCUGGUUGGGACGGUGUGGUUCCACCUCCGGCCAUCAUCAGGCCCAGUCCGAGAUGGACGGGCAAGCAGAUCGUCUCACUCGCUUUCCCCGCCGGGCUCAACAUGGCUCGCGCGAACACCAAGGAGAGUGACGUUCCACUUGAAGAGAAAGAAGGCAUCGAGAUUCAGAAUGGUGAGCUCAUGUGGGGCCGCAUCACAAAGAAGAUUGUCGGUGCAAGCAACGGCACCGUGGUGCACUUCAUCUACAACGACAAAGGCCCCGAGGCCACGGUGGAGUUCUUCAACGCCAGUCAGAGAAUCGUGGCAUACUGGCUGCUCCACAAUGGCUUCAGCGUUGGGAUUGGUGACACAAUUCCCGAUGCAGUCAUGGCCGACAAGAUCGAAGAAGCGAUCAAGGCGGAGAAGGCAGAGAUUGACACUCUGGUCAGCGAGGUCCAGACGAAUAAGCUUGAACCUGCACCGGGUAUGACGAUUCGGGAGACGUUCGAAUCGAAAGCCAAGAUGUUCUUGGACAACGCCCGAAACAACGGAGGUGAUAUCGCCUACGAUGGUCUCAAGGCUUGCAACAACGUCGCGACCAUGGUGAAGGGUGGGUCGAAAGGCUCCACCACCAACGUCUCCCAGAUGACGGCUGCAGUCGGACAGCAGAGUUUGGAGGGCAAGAGAUUGCCCUUUGGAUUCAAGUACAGGACUCUGCCGCACUUUCCCAAAGACGAUUAUUCGCCUGCGUCGAGAGGGUUCGUCGAGAAUUCCUACCUUCGCGGUCUCACGCCACAGGAGUUCUUCUUCCACGCAAUGGGUGGUAGAGAAGGUCUGAUCGAUACGGCUGUCAAGACUGCCGAGACGGGAUACAUCCAACGCCGUCUUGUAAAGGCCCUCGAGGAAGUCAUGGUCAAGUACGAUGGUACUGUUCGUAACUCGCUGGGCGAUAUCCUGCAGUUCAUCUACGGCGAAGACGGACUGGACGCCAUGUGCAUCGAGCCUCAGAGCUUGGAAAUCAUCUCGUCUGCACAUGGGGCUUUUGAGAAGAAGUAUCGUGUUGAUAUCAUCGACACUAAAAAGGGGCUGACCCUCACGCGAGACGAGCUGGAGAUGGCCGAUGAGAUCCAAGGCGACAUGGACGUGCAAGCGCUCUUCGACGAGGAGUUCGAGGCCAUCCUCUUUGAUCGGGAAAAGAUCCGCAAGGGUGUGGAGGAUUCUUCAGAGAGUAUGCAAUUGCCUCUCAACGUCGGCCGCAUGAUCAGAAACGCCAGAGACAAGUUCAAGAUCAAGGACGGAGCGAGGAGUGAUUUGGAUCCCAAAGAGGCCAUUCCAAAGAUCAAGAACAUGCUCGCCCGCCUUGCGAUUGUCCGUGGCGAUGAUGAGCUCAGCAAGCAAGCAGACACGGAUGCACUGCUCCUCGCCAAGGCCAACUUCCGAUCCAGGCUUGCAUUCAAGAGGAUUGUGAAGGAGGACUCGUUGAACAAGCUUGCGCUCGACAACAUCCUCGGCGACAUCGAGAACCGCUUCUCCCGCUCUCUCGCCAGCCCUGGCGAGAUGGUGGGCGUGCUUGCCGCGCAGUCCAUUGGCGAGCCGGCUACGCAGAUGACGUUAAACACCUUCCAUCUUGCUGGUGUGACCGCAAAGACCACUACGAAAGGUGUCCCGCGUCUCAAGGAGAUUCUCAAUGUGGCGAACGAUCUCAAGACCCCGAACAUGAAAGUCUACCAGCUUCAGGAUGUUCGCCUGAAGCAAGAGACGUGCAAGGACCUUCGUUCCAAGAUUGAGCAUACUUCUCUGCGAUCGGUCACCGAUGAGACGGAGAUCUACUACGAUCCCGACAUUCAGUCGACCGUGAUUCCGGCUGAUCAGGACAUGGUGGAGUCAUACUACAUCCUUCCGGAAGACAACGCCGAGAGCGUGGAGGCGCAGAGCAAAUGGCUGCUGCGCCUCGUGCUUGGUCGUCGGCAGUUGCUCGACAAGGGCUUGACUGUCACCGACGUGGCGCACAGGAUCAAGGAGGUCUUCGGUCAAGACAUUGCCGUCAUUUUCUCGGACGACAACGACGAGCAGCAAAUCGUGCGUGUCAGAAUGCUCACCGGCAAUCGCGAUAAGGAUGAUGAGGGCGGUGACGCUGAGGAAGAGGACACGCUGAAGCGACUGGAGGCACACAUGCUCGAUACUGUCAUUUUGAGAGGCGUGAGGGGAGUGAAGAGAGCUUUUGUCUCUACCGAUGUCUUGAUCAGAGAGGCACCAGACGGGGAGAUCAUCAAGAAGAAGAGCGACAGGCAAUGCCAGGAGUGGUAUCUCGACACUGAUGGCGUCAACCUGCGCGAGGUAUUGUGCGUGGAUGGCGUCGACGCGACGAGGACCACUUGCAACCACUUUGGCGAGAUCAUGUCGGUCUUUGGCAUUGAGGCCACGAGAGCUUCGCUCAUGAGGGAGUUGAAGGACGUGCUGACGAACGAUGGGUCUUACGUCAACCACCGCCACAUGGGCAUCCUUUGCGACGUGAUGUGCGCCCGAGGCAGCCUGAUGGCCGUCACUCGGCACGGUAUCAACCGCGCAGACACUGGUGCAUUGAUGCGUUGUUCCUUCGAAGAGACCGUCGAGAUCUUGUUCGAGGCCGCGUCAAGCGGAGAGCUGGACGAUUGCCGUGGAGUGUCGGAGAACAUUAUCCUUGGACAGUUGGCGCCCUCUGGUACUGGAGAGUUCGAUUGCCUGCUUGAUCAAGACUUACUGCAGACAGUAGUCGCGAGCAAACAAGGCAUGAGCUCUCUGGCCACUGGUGCAGCCAGUCCAAUGGAUGGCUCAAUGACGCCUUACGACGUGGGCUCCCCCUUGGCCGAGGGUGGUUACGGCGCUGGACCCGACUAUGGUGCAUCUUUCUCCCCCAUCAUCAACGCGGCUGGAGACGAGACGGGUGGUCUUACUGCCUAUGGCGGUGGAGGGUUCUCGCCUUACAGCGGCGGCGGCGGCAUGAGCCCCGGGUACGCGCCCACGAGCCCGUUCAGCAGUGGCAUGAGCCCGAGCAGUCCUGGUUUUGGCUACUCACCUGCCAGUCCUGCCUUUGGUUACUCGCCUACUAGCCCUGGUCAAGGCCUGUCGAGCCCAGCGUACGAGAUGACGAGUCCGAGAUACAACAGCAGCCCCGCCAGUCCCGCUUACACGCCGACCUCGCCAACUUACUCACCCACGAGCCCGGCAUACAGCGGAGGCAACAAGGUCUCGCCCACAUCUCCCUCCUACUCGCCAACCUCUCCGUCGUACUCUCCGACCUCUCCGAGCUACUCGCCAACCUCGCCAAACUACAGUCCAACCUCGCCUGGCCAUCAUCUGGGCAACUCGACUUCUCCGACGUCUCCCAAGUACUCACCGACGUCGCCUCAGUACAGCCCGACUUCUCCAGCGUACAGUCCGACUUCUCCGGCAUACUCGCCCACCAGUCCCAAGUAUGGCGGCGGUGCGGGUAACAGCCACUCUCCGACGUCGCCUUCGUACAGCCCGACGUCUCCUGUCUACAGCCCGACUAGUCCGGUGCAGAACGGGUAUUCGCCGACGUCGCCGACGCAGAACACCAGUCCGACGAGUCCUCAGUAUAGCCCGACUAGCCCUCAGUACUCGCCAAAUUCUCCGCGCGAGGAAGGGAGCUAGAUGCGUGUUAUCAUUCACGACCAUUGUUUUACCAGAACAACCAUUACGACACGAACACAUCUUCACGGAACGGCGUGGCUUGCGAUCAGAGGCGGACAGCAGGAAGGAAAAAGAGGCCAGACG